GCAAUGGCAAAGUUUAAGUGUUGCCAAUAGACGAGCUGAAAAAAUUGACAAAGCCGAAUAUGGCGGUUGCAACUAAUUCCUUCGAUAGCUGGCUUAGUAAAAAGCUGCAGGCUUUAAAUACUGAUGAAGGAGUAUUUGGAUCAUACAUCAAAGGAAUUUUAGAAGGCGAUGAAACGGAGGAUGAAAAGACCGAAGCCCUCGAAGGCAUACUCGCUGCCAUAACGGGUGAUAAUAUCAGUGGUCAUGUGACAGAAAUAUUAAGCGCGUGGACCAAAUGGCUCCCGGACAAAGAAAUUACUGCUUCAAAAGGACCGAUAGAAGACGUGGAUGUUAGAUUGGCGAAGAUGCUGGAAUCGCAAUCUUUGCCAACUACGACGCAGAGAAGUUACACAGAAGAAGAGAGAAGAAUAAGAGAGGCGAUCCUUGCACAGUAUAGUCAAAUGUCCGACGAAGAACACAGCGACGGCGACGGGGAAGAGGAUGGUGCGAGUGGAGGAGAUUGUGGAAUCGAGAAGAACACGAAUGCUGCUGCAAUAAUUCAACAAGAGAAAGAAAAGAGGGAAAAAGCAAAAUUAGAAAGUCAGAAGAAAAAAGAAAAAGAUAAAGAAGAUCGAGAGAAACAGAAACAACUGAAGGAAGAAAAGAAGGAAAAACGUAAGACACAAAAAGGAGAACGAAGAAGGUAGCAGUGGGACAACAGAAUAUUAAAGUUUAUCUUGAAAUUUAAGAUAAUCAAAUGCAAGUUAGCAUACAUAUACAUCUGUAUUUAUUCUUGUGCAUGCAACAAUCUCCAGCGGCCCGUUAAAUUAAUCUUCUUUCAUUUGGUUCAUUUCUAUACCGUCUAAACUAAUUUUUUCUUUUGAAAAUUCAUACGUUUAGAAGAUAUACGAAACAUACGUGUGUAGCUAUAUAAUGUUAAUUACAUGUUUGUGGUAUUUAACGUUAUAUCCUGUGCCUUCUAUCUGUUGAAAAUCAUUGUAAAUCAUCUACUGUCUUGUGAAAUAGUUUUUUCUAUUUUUCUUGUAUCAUGAAUGUUUGUACAUCAUCCGUAUUUUGGGAUAUGAUUUAAAAUCAUUUACCUAUUCGAUUUCAAACUCCUAUUAUAUGAGAUUUAAGUACAAAGAAAUAAUAUAAAUGCGGACAAUUGAUUUGUAAUUAUAAUUACGCUUAGCUCAUGUUAUCUUAACUAUGUCAUGUAUUUAAUACUGAUACAUUAAAUAAAUCAUUUAAAAAUCUAAUAAAACUUACUGGAAACAGAA